AUGCCCCCACCGAUACUACGACCCUGGCUGUGGCUCCGGUACCAGGGCGAGGCGCUGUACCACCAGCGGCGCGUUGUCGGGGUGCUGGCCUCCUCGGCGACUCAAGUGACUGACGCCGACGAGGUCAUCGGCGUCUCGCCGGACGGCGACCCCGAGCAGAUCGACCUCUCCGGGGCCUCGCGGGACAUCGAGGCCUGGUGCUGGUCGGAGGUCUUCCGUCCUCCCCCGCCUGGUAUCCCGCGAGGUCAGGUGUACCGCUUCCAGCAGGAGCCCGACGCCGCCGCCCUCGCCACGAUGCGCGCGGACGCCGAGGCGUUCUGCGACGCCGCCUUCCUCGCUCGCGAGCGGGCGGCAGGGCAGCCAGCGGUGCUCCCGGCGACGGGCAGCCUGGUCGACGCCGUGUGGCCCGCGCCCGCGGCGCCAGCCGCGGCCGCCGCUGCGGCCCCCGCAGCCCCCGGGCUGCCGCUGGCGCUCCCUGGGAUGGCGGCCCCCCCGGGCCCUCCGGCCCUGGGCGCCCCCGCCGCGGCCGCCGCCCCGCUGGCCCUGCUCGGAGCACCCCCAGCCGCGCUGCCUGGCGCUGCUCCACCGGGGGCGGUGGUGGCGGCCCCGCUGGCCGCCGCGGCGCCUGGAGCCGCCGCCCCGGCCGCAUUCCCCGCGGCCAUGGCUGCUGGCGCCCCUGCAGCUGGGGCCCCGCUGGCCGCAGGACUGGGCAUGGUGGCAGCGGCGCCCUACCCGGUGAUGGUCACGGUUGAGACGACGACGUACGGCCCGCGUGGGACUCCAGUGGCUCCGAACGGCACGGAGGUCAUGUCUGGCGACGUCGGCAUCCACACGGCUCCUGGCUAUGGUGGCUUGCUGGUUCGUACGAUUCGCUCCGACCAGGUGCAGGAUUUCAAGGGCCUCGAGGCAGCGGGCGACGCCCGCCUCCUCAGCGUGAUCGCGGUGAAUGGUCAACGCUCCCGUCGAGCCUGGCGUGACGUGGCCAGCUCGCUAUCCGAGAUCGCCUUCCCCGACUGGGCGAUAGAGGGCCCCCGCACCACCCUUUGGUGCUGCCGAUGGAUCGACCGUCGGGGCGGGGGCCCUCUCGACCACCGCCGCUUCUUCGUGAUGGUCCACCGCCUCCACAAGGACAGCUGGGGUGUCCCGAUGCACGAGUUCGGGAUGAAGGCCCUCGAGACCCUCGGCGCCUACGACUCGCUCGACCUGCCGAACGUCGCGGGGAUCGAGUCGCUGAUGCGCGAAGUGCAGCUGGUCGAGUAUGCGUAUGCCAAGCACGACGGGUUUGCUGGGGCCAGCACCGAGGUGGCCGACGGCGACCUGAAUGCCAAGAAGAAGGGCCGUGGCCGUGGCCGCGGACGAGGAGGCGCCGCGGGCGCCUUCGGCUACCUGGACGAGCACACCGCCUUCCGGGGGCAGCGUGAGACGGGAGACGCCAUGGUGUGUCCCGCCCUGGUCGAGUGGGUUGGCAAGCAAGCAGGCGAGCAUUUCGAUGAGCCCCCUCACGUUGACCUAGCUACUGGGUCGGCGUUCUCGGCCCUGGAGCUACCUCCGGAGUUCUGGCAGUUUUUCGGGCUACCUCGAGUACGAGCUGGGGUCCUAGGUAUCACUACCGACAGCGCUGGAGGCCCCUUGAGGGCCAGCGACUGGGGUACCCCGUGCUUUACCGCCGUCCCAAUGGGAUGGAAACACAUUCUCUGGAUCUGUCAGCGUAUCAUGGAGUUCCGGGCCCGCACCAACACGUUGGCCUCCCCCAGUCUGGCUUUUGACGAUGCGCACCUUCCUGUCCGUCUGGUUCGAUCUUCCACGCAGGUAUUACAUGCAGAGUACGUUGACAACUUCGUUGCCCUUGGCCUCUCGAAGGACCCCACGUAUGCCGUGACUGACUCCGUCGAUCGCAGUCUCCGAGACGCUGGGUUUCGCACCCACGGUCCGACCGACGCCCCGACGAUCGGGAUCAGUCACCGCAUAGGCUGGCGAAUACGACUAGGGUGUCUGGCUGUCGCGGACAUGAAGUACGCCUCGGGGGAUCUUGUCAGGGUCGUCGUGUCACGCUUCACGUCUCGGGCUCUGCUGCGCCGUGAAUUACUCUCAUGUCUGCAGGCUUCGUAUUAUUUCAUCGAGUCGUCCGGCCACCACGCGCGCGUUCUCUGGAGCUCAGUCAAACGGGAGCUUCGUUGGUGUGCCGCGCUGAUCGCACUCGCUUUCCGCGACGUCAAUGCCGCCUGGUCCCCCAUGGUCUACUGCACCGACGCGUCCUGGUGGGGCGCAGGGGUCGUCAGGGGCAUCCGCAGCGUCCAGGAGGUCCAGCACGUGGGCCACUAUGCGGAGCGCUUGCGUUACUCAGCGGCCCACGAGGCCAUCCUCAAGCCACGGGACUCGGCUCUGAAGUGUUCGGUCAGCGGCGGGGUCACCGCCUCCCCCCGGGACUCCGGGAUCCCGAAGGCCCCCUUCCCCGAGGUCCCAGAGUCGGUCUACGGCGGCGACUGGUCCCUCGUUAUGUCCCAGAAGUGGUCCCGCAAGGAGGCCCAGGUUGUCCUGGAGGCUCGGUCGCUCGUGCUCACCGUGAAGAACAUAGUUCGGAACACUCAGAACUUCGGUUGCAAGCGCCUGGUUUUGAACGAUUGCAUGGAGCUUUCCGAUUCAAUGCUGCGCCGAAUCCAGUUGCAGCACUCGGGCCCGCGGGGCUCGAGGUCCUCCGCGAUGGCUUCCUCGGCGACAGCCGUGACGGCGGGCACGCAGCUGGCACCGCGCCCCCUGGGCGCCCACGCCGGGGGCCUGCCCCGCGCGGAGGUGGCGCCCAACCUCCCGGCGCCCUCCUCGCGGCGCCCAUACCGCGAGCGGGUGCCCCACGGCCCCGGCGCUCAGGAGGCGAAGGCCGCCAAGCGGGCGAGGGCCUUCCCCGCUGCCGCAGAGGCCCCGCCGCUGCCAGGCGCCCCGACCUUCCUAGAGCUGCAGAGCGUCUCGCCGAAGGCCGCCCAGGACUACCAGACGUACGCGACGGCGUUCUACCAGUGGGGCCAGGAGCGCCACCUGCUCAGCGACAUCGCGACCUCGCUGAGGUCGGCGCCGGCGAUCGACCUAGCCCUCGUGACGUACAUGCACGAGAAGUUCUUCGCAGGCGAGCUCUCCUACGUGCCGACGAAGCUGAUCGCGGGUCUCCGCUACUUCUGGACAUACCCCAACGGUGCGCCCCUCGAGCUGCCCCGCAGCUUUCGCGCCUUGACGGGCUGGAAGCGCAUGGUGCCCGCCCAGAGCCGCCUGCCGUACCCCUGGGUGAUGGAGGCAUUGGCCAGCAUCAUCACCUUCACGUUCUACCUGCGCCCCAGCGAGUGCCUGCGUCUGCAGGGGAAGCUGAUCACAGCUCCUGCCCAGGCGCCUCGCCGUGUGCAGGACGGCCAGGGCCAGAUGCGGCCCCUCCUCCUGCACCCGCAAGAGGGCGGCGCCACGUCCAAGACGGGCCGCGUGGACGAGAGCCUGCUAGCGGACAACCCCCUGUUCCCGUGGUUGCCGCAGGUGCUGGGCCUCCUGAAGGCCAAGCUCCCCCACUCGCUGGUCUUCAACUUCGGCCAGGCACAGUGGGGCCGGGCCUUGAAGGGCGCGGCGUCCGCUUGCGGGCUCACUGCCCUGGGCGACCCGUGUCUGCACCGCCUCCGCCACGGAGGGGCGUCGCACGACCUCCUCUUCAAAGCUCGCAUUCUCCUGGGCGCCAAGAAGCGCGGCCGCUGGGCCAGCGACCGCAGCCUGGCCCGCUACGAGCGGGGCGGGCGCAUCAACGAGCAGCUGAGCCUCUUGUCCCAGGACGUCCUCAUCGCCGCCGACCUGGCGGCCUCGAACAUUGGCCAGCGGGGCGUCCCCGCGGCCCUCGAGAUCUUCGCUGGCUCCAGGCACCUGCCUGAGGUUUGGCGCCGAUCCAUGAGGUCGGCUGGCCACCCUGUUUUCGAGAUCGACAUACGGCACGGGGUUGAGCAUGACAUGUGCAGUAAGGCCCUGGUCAAGCUUAUUCGGGGCUGGGUCCGAGGUGGGCUCGCGACGGCCGUGUUCAUGGGUACGCCGUGUAAUUCCUUCUCUCUUGCACGGAACCGCCCUAACGGUCCCCCGACCCUCAGGACGUCCGAGUACCCCGAGGGCCUCCCCAAGCUCUCAGACAGCUGCCGCAAAGGAGAGGUGCAGCCAGUCUUCGCGGGCAAGAAGCCGCCGAGUGCCAGGGGGAGAGACUUCGCCUCCGAGACGGACGACGACAUGGCAGAGAUCGUGCAGAUGAUCAUGCCGAGCUCCACAAGGUCGCUGACCGUGGUGGUCUGCGCGGUGCUCAUCCCCUCCCUGCUACUCGGCCUGUGGUUUAUGGGCGCUUUCUCUGGCGAGCAGCAAACACAUGCGGUUGGCGCUGUCGGGCAUCGUGACGGCCAGGUGCCAGCGCCUCCGUCCGCUGCGCGGUCGGCCGCCGCAGCGGCGGGCGCUGGCGGCGGCGGGGCGGCCCCGGUGCAGACGGCGCCGGGCCAGACCGCGCCGGGCCAGCUGAGCCAGCUGAGACCAGCGGGCGACGACGGCGGCGACGACCAGGAGGACGAGGAGGGCGAGGCGGACGGCGGCGCGGCCGAGGCGCGCCCCGAGGCCGCUGGGGCCGACGUGUCUGGCGCGGGCGACGCGCCCUCCGACCUGGUCAGCGGGGCGGCGACGGCGGCGGCGGCGAGGGCGACGGCGGCGACGACGCCGCCGAUCCCGCCGACGCUGCCGCCGAGGCGCGUGAAGCACUACGGCGAGAAGAACGUGCUGUGCGACCUGCCGGGCAGCUCAGACGUGCGCGGAGUGGACAUCGACUGCCAGGGGCCGGCCGCGGCGGCCUUCCCCGUGGCCGGCUCGCGGGACCUGGGAGAGCCCGCGGAGCGCGAGGGCGGCGAGGAGCCCGCGGCCGCCGCCGAGGCCCAGGGCGAGGCGGGCGGAGAGGCGGCGGCGCCCGAGGGCGAUCCGCAGGCCCCAGACGCCGCUGCGGGCGAGCGCGGCGACGGGCCCCUCAACGAGCAGCCCGCCGAGGCCGAGGCCUUCGUGCCCGCCCAGCGGCCAGCGCUCAGGCCCGUGCCCGCGGCGGGCUCAGGCGGCGCCCCCAGAGUGGAGAUGCCUGGGACACUCGCGGAGGCCGCCAGCGGCGUCGGUGCCCCGCAGGACGUCGUCGGAGACUCAGGGCGGGCGCCCAGCACCGAGACCUCCGCCGAGGAGGCCGCAGCGGAGAGGGCCAGCGUGGCGGCGGUCGGGGCCGCGGGAGGCCACGCUCCUCCCGCUGGUCCGGCGGCCCCCGUGCACGCCGCCAACGCCUCCAGCGGCGCCGCCAGCGGGAAGUUCAGCCCCUCGCGCAGGAGGCGGCGGCGGAGGUCUGCUCAGGCCGGGGCUGCGCCGGCCGCGCCGUGA